CCCAGCAUGCCUCUCUCCGGAACAGCAAAGCGCUUCCGGCUGGAGGAGAGUGUGUGUUGUAAACAUCCAGUUCCCUUCACAGAUUCCACUCAGAGCUCAGACUGCGUCCUCAUUGAAUCCAGCCCUCCCAGCGAAACUGACGCCAUGUCCGCUUCGGAGUGCUACAUUGCAGUGAAAUUAGCAGACCAGCCUCUGGCUCCUAAAUCUAUCCUGCGGCUGCCGGAAACAGAACUGGGCGAAUGCCCCUUGGGCUGCUGCAGCAUUUCCUACCUGAAACAGCUCAUCACCGGAAAGCUUCAGGAGUCCGUCCCCGACCCAGAACUUAUCGAUCUGAUCUAUUGUGGCCGAAAGCUACGGGAUGACCAGACCCUCGAAUUUUAUGGGAUCCAGUCAGGAUCCACGGUCCACGUCCUUCGCAAGUCUUGGCCGGAACCGGAUCAGAAACCAGAGCCAGUGGAUACCGGGCUGAUGAAGAGAUGGAAUAAAUAAAUAAAAACAAAGGAUGCUUAUUAUUGUUUUGCAUAUUCCCUGCAGGUCUUCAAGAUGCUGGGGAACAAGGAGUCCUUGGAUCAGAUAAUCGUCGCUACUCCUGGUCUGAGCAGCGACUCGAUUGCUUUGGGGGUGUUGCAAGAUAAGGAUCUUUUUUCUGUCUUCGCUGAUCCUGCCAUGCUGGACACGCUCAUCCCGACCCACCCUGCUUUGGUCAACGCCAUCGUCCUGGUUCUGCAUUCUGUGGCGGGCAGCACGCCAUUGCCCACCCCGGAGACCUCCUCGCGAAGCAUGCCGUCCAGCUCCUACCGAGACAUGCCAGGUGGUUUUCUGUUUGAAGGUCUCUCGGACGACGAAGAUGACUUCCACCAGGGCACAAGGACAACUACUUCCAGCAGCACAUCCGGCUCCCGCCCCGCCUCCCUCGGCUACACUGGGGCAGCAGGACCCCGGCCCAUCACCCAGAGUGAAUUGGCAACAGCACUGGCGCUGGCCAGUACCCCAGAGAGCAGCUCACAUACUCCAACUCGGAGUUAGCCAUUUUUUUUCCAGGGCCAUUCUUCAGGCACGUCGCCCAUGUCCUCCAGCGUCCCAGCUCGAAGGCACGCCUUCAUCACCAACCACCUUCUUCCAGCCCAGGCUCUGCAGCAUGCCCUACAGGCUUCCGGGCAGCCGAAUCUGCAGCACAGGUGGCAGCUGCGCAGGCAGCAGGUGCUGAGAGACAUGGGCAUCCACGAUUUCGGCGCCGGUCCCAGCCUCCGAGCCCUGCAGGCCACGGGGGGGGGAGACAUCCAGGCCGCGCUGGAACUCAUCUUUGCGGGAGGAGCCCCCUGAAUACCUCCCCUUUCGGCAGAGGCCCUGGAAGCCGGGAGGCGGUCUUAUUCCGUGUUGUCUGAUCUCUGCAACACCAACUGGACGUCUUACUGCUUUGUCACUGGACCGUUGCCUCCCUGCAUGAUGCCCGUCCGCCUUUUUUCUGGUCUGAACAGAGCCUGCAGCAGAGUGAGGGGGGAAAAAACACGUAUCGAGCGCCGAUUCCAGAAUGACUUUUCAUUUUGCAUGCGAGGACUUUUCUCAGCAGCCGGGGGGGCGGGGGGGGGGGAGAAAGAUAACGCGGGCUAGCGUCUUGCUUGCGUAGCUGUACGGGAUUUCAUUAAAGCUCUCCUUCUCCAGUCGU